CGCCUGGCGCCGCGUGUCUGCUGUCCUUUACGUCGCAGAUACAAAGUCAACAACUGGAGCUUCUCCCUGAUAGGAGGAGGACGUCUGGCCGAGAAGGAGCGAGGAUGAACGGCAUGGUUCUGGGACUCUUCCAUCACCUGCCGCGCUUCAUGGAGUCUGACAAGACCAGUUUCCAGCCCUGGAGAGACUACAUAGGACUGUCGGACACAAUCAGAGAGAUCAUGAGUCGGCACGCGGACUCCGAGUCCUCACUUCCAGCUCCGCGCGCGCACUCUGAGGACCUGUGUGACGCGCUGAUGUCUGUGCGCAUUAACGCAGUUUGCCAAAGUGGCGACGUUGGAGCAAAGUGUUCUCCAGAUCUCCUCGCCGGAUGUACGCCGCCUUUGACUCCUCUGCGUCCACCGGAUGGCUCUUGGCUCGCUGCAGACUACUUAAAAGUGAAUCCAACAGACGCAGAGGACCUGAAACCUGCGUCAAAACCGGCAGACCGCAAGAAGAGCGCUCGUUUCAAAUCACCUGAUCCGCCGGUGGUUCCUGCAUCUUCUGCACGCAUGUUCUGCAGUUUCUGCAAGCACAACGGUGAGUCUGACUCGGUGUGCGCGUCCCACUGGCUGAAGAACCACUUCGGGGAGGUUUUGUGUCCCUACCUGCGGCAGUACGUGUGUCCUCUGUGCGGAGCCACGGGGGCCAAGGCGCACACCAAGCGCUUCUGUCCCAAGGUGGACAGCGCGUACAGCUCCGUGUACACCAGGAGCAGACGCUGAGCCAACAGCAACAACAACCAGAAGGCUUUAUCUUCUUUACUAGGUGUGAUUUUGUUUACUAUCACGUGUUUGUGUGUAUGUGGUUUGGUUUUUUAUUUGCAUGCCUUGGCACGUGUGCCCUGUAGCCUCCUUAAGGCUGAUUGGAGUCUUCUUCCAGCUGGUGUUUCUGUCUAACAGCGUCACUUUGGUGUUUGGAUUCUGUAGAGUACUUUCAAGAACGACUGCCAGAUAUUAUGUUUGGGAGGAAGAACAAAAAAGACCUUUAAAAAAAGGGAAAAUGUACGUUUGUUUUACAUAUUUUUAAACAUGGCCACCUCAUAUCUCCUGUCCAUGCAUUAAAGGAUUCUAACACUGUCAAACCUUUCUUAGACCUGCAGUCAUCAGCAUUAACCUUAUUACAGCAUCAUGUGUCCAUGUCAGCAUUUUAAAUUUUUAAAAUAUGAGUGACUUGUUCUUGUUCUGAGGUGUAAAUACCAGUUCUUGAUGAAUGUUUAUUUUAUUUUGUACAUGAGGCUCUUCUAAAAAAAGAAAAAGAGACGCAAUUUCAGCUCUCUUCUCGAUUUGUAAAGAGAAAUGUGUGUGAGAAUUUCUGUGUGAAAUUAUUGUAAAGUUAUAAACAUCUAAAUUGACA